AUGUUUGAAGGUUACGGGGGCGAUAGGGAAUCCGUGAGGUGUAAUAAAUUCCCCGGGUUAAUCGAAGCCGAUGCUAAACUUUUGAGCAGACGCCACGGCAAGAUCAAAGACAGGGACAGGAACGAGGCCGCCGCCAUGAUACCACUACUAUUCUUUAUCGCUAUGACCUACGGUCUCGUUAACUUAUCGAGCGCGAAACUCCUCGGGUCUUCAUUUGGGGUACCCGGUACCAACGCCACGUACGAUUACGUUGUUGUUGGAGGCGGCACCGCCGGGCUCACCAUCGCGGCCAGAAUAGCAGAAUCCGGCGUUGGGACAGUGGCCGUUGUCGAAGCUGGUACCUUCUACGAGAUCAGCAACGGCAAUUUGAGUCAGGUACCAGCCUUGAGCGGCAUGUUCUCCAGCACAGGGGCUCACGACUGGCACCCCAUGAUUGACUGGGGAUAUAUGACCACUCCACAAACAGGCGCGUACGACCUUCCUAUUCACUACACCAGGGGCAAGACCUUCGGGGGGUCAUCGGCACGGAACUACAUGUGCUACCAGCGCGGAACCAGAGGCUCGUACCAGAAAUGGGCAGAAGCCACAGGUGAUGACAGCUACACCUUUGACGGUUUGAUGCCUUACUUUGAGAAGAGCAUUAAAUUCACCGGCCCAAACACAGAGCUCCGCUUUGCCAAUGGCACCCCAGAAUACGACCUAUCCGUCCUGGGAAGCGGCGAGGGCCUCUUGUCGGUCACCUUCCCAAACUAUGUGCAAGCCUUUGCCACCUGGGCAACCAAAGGACUGCUUGAGCUCGGUUUCAAGAUCAUUCCCGGAUUCCAGAGCGGGGAGCUCAUCGGCCAGAGCUACGGCAUGUCCACCAUCAACGCCACGACCAUGGAGCGCGACAGCUCGGAAACCAGCUUUUUGCGUCACUCGCUGGCCUAUGACAACUACUUCCUAUACCCCUGGACCAUGGCUAAGAAGAUUAUUUUCGACAGCGACAAAAUGGCCAGGGGUAUUGUGGUGGACACAGCUGGCGCCGAGUAUACCCUGACCGCGGACAAAGAGGUGAUCCUGUCCGCCGGUGUCUUCGGUUCGCCGCAGUUACUCCUAGUCUCUGGCGUGGGCAAUUCCGAGACCCUCCAACCACUCAACAUCUCGGUAGUCGCGGACCUACCGGGCGUCGGGCAGAACAUGCAAGACCACAUCCUCUUCGGACCCUCCUACCGAGUAAACGCCCCAACCAUCUCCGCCCUCGGCUAUCCCGAAUUCGCCGCCCAAGCCGCAGAAGCCUUCAACACGCGCGCCGCGGGCAUGUACACCAACCCCGUCACGGACAUCCUCGCCUGGGAGAAACUCCCAGAACCUCUCCGUAGCCACUCCCUCUCCAACACCACCCUCACCACCCUCGCCACCUACCCCGCCGACUGGCCUGAACUCGAGUACCUCGUCAUCAGCGCCUACCUCGGCUGGCAAAACGACAGCCGCACGAGCGACCCGCACGACAGCUUCAACUACGCCUCCCUGGCCGUCGCCCUCGUCGCGCCCCAAUCCCGCGGCAACCUCACCAUCACCAGCCCCGACACCGCCCACCCCCCGCUCAUCAACCCCAACUUCCUCAGCGCCCCCGCCGACGUCGAGCUCGCCGUGGCGGGGUACAAGCGCGCGCGCGCGUUCUGGACCACCGACGCCAUGCGACCGUUUCUCGUGGGGAGGGGAGGGGGGCAGCAGGCCGCCGCUGAGGCGUUCCCCGGGCCGGGGGUGGCGUCCGAUGCGGAGAUCUUGGAUGUGGUUAAGCGGAGCUAUAAUACCGUGUAUCAUGCUUCGUGUACGUGUGCUAUGGGGAGGGCGGACGAUCCCAUGGCGGUGGUGGAUCCCCGCGGGAGGGUGUAUGGCGUAAGGGGGUUGCGGGUCGUGGAUGCGAGUAUCUUUCCGAGUUUGCCGCCGGGACAUCCCAUGGCGACUGUGUAUGCUCUUGCUGAGAAGAUUGCUGAUGAUGUGGUUGGCGGUUGUUGA